CUGUAAGUAAAAGCACAUACGAAUAAAUCAAUACAACGCAUAUUGUUCGAAAUGAAUAUUCGGCAUUACAAUGCGACAUUUGCCCUUGAUGAAACUUUAUAAAAACAAUGUUAUUAUCUUCUUCAAACGGUUCUGCUAUCAGUUUUGAAGCAACAAGCUCAAACAACCAUAUCUUAGUUUCGAAACAAUGGCUUUAAGAUUAAACUGCAAGAAAAUUAUUUCUAGAUUUAUAUUAAAAAAUCCAUUUACUCGAAAUAACAGUACAUUAUCAGUACGAAUAGUUGAAGUUGGACCUAGAGAUGGCCUACAAAAUGAGCCCACUAGAGUCGACACAGACGUUAAAAUCGAAUUUAUCAACAAACUAUCACAGACUGGUUUGCGGACAAUAGAAGUUACAAGUUUCGUGAGUCCAAAAUGGGUGCCCCAAAUGGGCGACAACCUAGAAGUUUUCUCAGGAAUCGAUAAACAAACGGGAGUCACAUAUCCUGUUCUAGUGCCAAACGUACAAGGAUGCAAAUCAGCAUUGAAAGCAGGCGCCGAAGAAGUGGCGAUCUUCAUCGCAGCAUCCGAAGGCUUUUCCAGGAAAAACACCAACUGCACCAUACAAGAAAGCCUCAAUCGAACCAAAGAAGUGAUCGAUUUAGCCCAUGAAAACAACACUAAAGUUCGGGGAUACGUAUCAUGUGUAGUGGGAUGUCCGUACGAUGGUAAAGUUCCACCUGCAUCGGUGGCGAAGUUAACAGAAUCUUUAUUAUCUUUGGGUUGCUAUGAGAUAUCAUUAGGGGAUACAAUAGGAGUGGGGACCAAAAGCUCUGUAACCGCCAUGCUUGAAGAAGUCCUGAAGGUCACAUCGCCUGAUAAAAUAGCCAUUCACUGCCACGAUACUUACGGGCAAGGUCUGGUGAAUAUUCUUGUAGCCCUCGACAAAGGCGUGACUGUGGUAGAUUCUGCAGUCGCAGGUUUAGGAGGGUGUCCUUACGCAAGGGGCGCCACUGGUAACGUUGCAACAGAGGAUUUAGUGUACAUGCUGGAAGGCAUGGGCGUACGUACAGGGGUUAAUCUAAAAGAAUUAAUCAAAGCAGGGAGAUAUAUCAGCGAUUUUAUUAAGAAACCUCCCGCAUCCAGAGUAAAUAACGCUUUGUAUUCCAAACUGUCUUGAAAAUUUUCUUAUUUUUUUUUGUAUAUAAAUAAUCUAAUAUAAAGUGUAUUCUGUGUA